AUGAGUUCUGAAAGAGAAAUGAGCAAGUUCCCCCCUAUGGAGUUCCCCAGUGUGAAAUGGGUCGGAAGGAGGAUGAGGUACCCUGUGCGGAAGACUAGUGAACUGACCUUGACAGGAUCCAGCAGCGUUACCAGUCAGGAUUUAAUGGUUGACAAUGUCCCCUUGCCGGAGUCAUAUCGGUCCAGGAAGGCCCCUGAACCAUGUCAGUUAGAAGUCCGUCAGAGAAGUGAAUCCUUUGACAGGACAAGGAUAUCCAGCUUUGGAGCUGGAUCCCCUUUGGAAACAGUCAGAGAUACCCCCAGAGGAAGAGGAGUCACUGUCACUGUCACUGUCACAGUCAGAGCUGAGAAAAGGCAAUCAAGGAAACGGGGGAGGCUGAGUUCAUCUCAAGAAUCCACUGAACACGUCCGGAAGGUGCAGCGAAGAGUGUUGCCGGAAGUGCCGUAUGUCCAAGCUGGGGCAGUGGGCCGCAACAACACACCAACCCAGAGGCACUCUCCAUCCUGGAAGUCUGGACCGGAAGUCAGAAGAAGAGUUCCACCACGGACAAAGUCUGCAGCAGCUUCCCAGCGCUUUCACAGGGGGAGGGGCGACAGGAAGUCAGUGUGCCCACUGCCGGGAUGCACAACAAGGUCUAGAAAAUUAAAAAUGCAUGUGCAACAGGCCCACUUGCCUAUUUAUUUUGACGAGCGAAUCCAACCCCUGACCAAGGAGGUAGUGGAAGAUCGCAUGAGAGCCCUCUACUGUCUGUCUGGCAUGAUCCUUGGCCCUGGAUCCACUCUGAAAGAACUGCAGCACCAUCUGAACACCAGCCAUCGAAUACCAGCAGACUGUACAGUGACCCAAAAGGCUUCUGAAAACCUGAGAAGGAUGUGCAGAAGCCAGGGUUGGCGUGUGCCAGCCCAAUUCCAGUUGCAGCCGAUGAACUCACUGGCAUGCCUGGUGCACUGGAGGGCCCUGGUGGCACUGCUGGUGGACUUGGAUUGGCAUCAAUUGAAAGAGUUUCGGACGCUGUUGGAGCCGGUCGGAGAAAGGGUUCGGCGGCAGCUGGAGAGAAUUAAUGUCCAUGCUGUAAAGGCGUCCACAAGUCCUGUGGAGAGGCGAACUGCUGACCUGGUUCCUACUCGGUCCUGUCAAGAAAGCUCGGAUGAAGAGUUCCCGGUGGAGGCUGCGCAACACUCCUCGCUGAAUUUACCGGAGGCAAUUGAUUCACACUGUCAACAUGACCGGAUGAGCGGAGACAUCUUGGGGAGGCGGUAUGACACCUUGGUCGAAGAAUUAUUCAACCAUCCUCAAACCCAAGACCAGGCACAGACUCGCGUGGAGAAUGAGGGAGGGGUCAUGUUCUACUGUGACCCUGCCACCUAUCCCCGUCAAAUCGACGAUAAUCCCUCCUGGAAGACAGCUAUUGGGAUCCAUCCUAAACAUGUCAGGGAUUUCGGCCAUACAGAACUGGGAAGGAUGGUUGAUCUGUUGACCUCUUCUUCGAAUGUCCGGGCCCUGGGUGUGGUAGGGCUGGAUAGGACCACGCCUCCACAUACUUGGGCCAAGCAAGAACAAGUUUUGAAGACGGUUCUUCGGCUUCAAUUGAUGGACCAGGUGGUUGUCCUGGAACUAAGAGGUACAAGUCGGGAUCCCUAUGGCUCGGAUGUCCAUCGCUAUGGAAUCCAGCUGAUGAGAACAGCCAGACCACCAACUCAAGUGGUCCAUGUAUACAACUUCACAGGCAAAGUUUCCGACGUCGCAGCUUGGCGCCAAGACUUCCCGAAGACCUAUUUUAGUUUCAACACCAAAGUGGAAACUUUUGACUGGCUGCAACUGGAAGGGUUGCGGGCGGUCCCUUUGAAGAGGCUGCUGCUCGAAACAGACUCGCACCACAUUAGAGACAUUGCCGUGAUCGUCGCCCGGGCUAGAGGCAUCUCAGUGAGAGAAGUCCUACAUUACACCACCAGUAAUGCCAGGGCUAUCUACUGGAUACGGUAGAGCCUUGGGGUCACAGGGAGCAGAAGUGGUGGGAAGCAGGCCCAGUAUAUUUGCUGGGCAGAUAGCAGAGACCAGGUUAAGCCUGGUCAGAAGACCUAUUCUGGAAUGGAAACAUCUUCCAAGGUCACUGUGUCCCAGGUUAUAACUGGAUACCUUACAGCCUUGGAGUCACAGGGGGCAGAAGUGGUGGGAAGCAGGCCCAGUAGAUUUGCUGGGCAGAUAGCAGAGACCAGGUUAAGCCUGGUCAGAAGACCUAUUCUGGAAUGGAAACAUCUUCCAAGGUCACUGUGUCCCAGGUUAUAACUGGAUACCUUACAGCCUUGGAGUCACAGGGGGCAGAAGUGGUGGGAAGCAGGCCCAGUAGAUUUGCUGGGCAGAUAGCAGAGACCAGGUUAAGCCUGGUCAGAAGACCUAUUCUGGAAUGGAAACAUCUUCCAAGGUCACUGUGUCCCAGGUUAUCCUUGGGAGCCAAAUGUCAGCAAAAGAUGUGCAAGAAGCCCAACUGCCAUGGGAAAAUCCCUGAUCGGUAUCUGCGGGGGAAUGGGUCCCAUCCCUCCAAGGGUUCCUGUAAAUGGAGGAGAGUGUGGUGAUCGGUGAUGUCCGGACGACCAGCUGAAGCUAUCCGAGUGCCGUGACCCGUGCCAGAGAGGCGAGAGGACCCAGGCAUCACCCAGCCAAUCAGCGGGCUGGGGAUUCCAUAUGGCGACAGUCGAGAUCAAGCAAGCCAAUUUCACAACAGGAAGUGAUUCCAGGUUUGGUAGAGCCUAAUAAACAUCCAAGUAUCUCUUGUGUUGAACAUCCAUCAAUCAGAUCAGCAUCUGUCACAAUCUAACACUGGCAACAUGUUUGACAACAUGAUUGUUGCUAUGAACAUUACUGGUAAUGCCAGAAGAAAAGCGAGGUCACUUCACUAUGGUGGGUGAAGCACUGCGUGACAUUUUCAGUAUUCUCCCCACACUGAAUCAACGACUGCUCUAACCACUUAUCUCAGCCCAUUUAUACACCUUGACUGUUCUGUGAAGGAAUUUCGCCACCUAGCUCAGAAACCUGUUAAACCUAUUGACACAUCUGUCACCCGACUGAGACGCGCAGCAAUUGCAUGUGAAUUUACUGGCACUUGGAUGGAAAAUAAUGCACUUGUUCAAGAGUGUUCAUCAAGUCAUCUACAUAACAAAGCCUUUCGAGAAGGAAUGUCACUCCAACAUCUUGUUUAUGCUGCCGGAUUGUUGGAAAUAUCAGACAGACAAGCUUCAGGUAUGGAGAAGCAUGCUGCAGAUGUAGUCCGUGUUGUCAAGACAAGAACUAAAAGAGCAACAGUGGGAAAAGCCAGGGGGUGAAAAGUCAAUGGGAAAAACCAUGUGUCAAAAGCACAUGCUAUUUUUGUGGUGGAAGUUAUCCCUUGAUUGAGCGUGCCCUGCCAAAGUUAGUAUGUGCAGUAACUGGCCUUCCAAAUCACUUUGCCAACAUGUGUCCUAAACUGAGGCACUCAAACCAUCCUCAGCCAAGUUUCUCAGGUUAGAAUCAGACGGAGUAAGAGGCACGUGAAACAUCUGCGUGUCAGAAUAAGCAUGAAUGUCAUCCCCAUACAGCUGUUCACAAAUAAUGGACACCCUGAUAUCAGCCAUGGUCGAAUGCAGAACUGAUGUGAACAUAUUUUAUGAAGAAUCCUAUCGCCACCCAUGUCUGGGCAUGUGAACACUUUCAUCUAUAUCUCUUUGGAACCUGUUUAACCCUAGUGACUGAUCCUGAACCUCUAGAGCAUAUCUUCAACAAUCCAAAAUCAAAGCCACCUGCAAGGAUUGAACACUGGCAUCUCAGACUGCAGGCCUAUGACUUCAUUGUGAAGUAUCAUCCUGGUAAGGACAAUCCCACAGAUUACAUGUCCCGCCACCCGGCGGACAUGUCAAUAAUAGCAAAAGUCAACAUCUUUUGCUGAAAGUUUUGUCAACUUCUGGCAUCACAAGCUAUACCAAAGGCUAUGACGCUCACGGAAUUCAAACACAUGAGUCGCUGCAGCAGGUGAUCAGUGCAGUCGCCAAAGGAUCAAGGAGAGUCCAGCCAACAGAUCCUGUUAUCACAUCAGGGAGGAGCUUUGAGGGAAUAAACUUGUAGUUCCUGGAAAUCUCAACAAUGCGGUGUUGAUCGCACACCAGGGACAUUAGGGAAUCAUCAAAAACCAAGCCUCUGCUCAGAGAAAAGGUGUGGUUUCUUGGCAUCGACUACAUGGUAGAAGAAUACUAUCCAAUUGCAUACCAUGUCAACCAGCUACCCACACAGAUCAUUGAGAAACAUCAUGUCUGUUCUGCCUGAAUGACCAUGGCAAAAUAUCAGCAUUAACUUUUGUGAACCGUUUCCUUCUGGUGAAUACCCACUGUUGCUUAUAGAUGAGUAUUCGAGAUAUCCAGUAGUAUAUGCUGUAAAGACAUCAUCAAAACCAUCUGUACCAAAGUUGAACCAUGCAAUGUCUGCCCUUGGCAUCCCUGACAUAAUUAAAACUAACAAUGGCCGGGAGGAGUUCACUCAGAAAAAUCACCCCAGAGUGGCCAAGAGCAAGUACUGAAGCAGAAAGCUUCAUGAAGACCAUUGAGAAGGCAGUCAGGACACGCACAUGGAAGGCAAGCCUUGGAAAGAAGAACUAAACAACUUUCUCAGGAACUAUUGUGCAACACUCACCCCAGCAGCUACAGUGUUGUUCAAUUGACCAAUGAAGACCAUGCUUCCAGAACUUCCCUUUGUCCUCUAUGACAGAAAGAUUGGAUGCCCUAGGCAAACAAUGCAUGAAACACUAUGCAGAUGUAUAAGUAAAUGGUCAACCUCCCAACAUUCAUGUUGAUGACACAGUCACAGAUGACAGCAAAACAGGAAAGCUGCUACGCCCUUACACCACUCAGUUUCAUCGAAGAAAGGUUCGAUGGUCACAAUGGCAAAUGAAGAAAGAAGCAUUACAAGGAAUCAUCCUUCUUCCAAACUAUAAAUCACCAACCCGAUGCCAAACCUGUAAACGGAAGUAGUGAUAUAACAUCAGGUGUUGAUAAGACAGCAGUUCCAGCCAGAAUGUGCUGCAACACUCUUCCAGGGAAACCCAGCCGCCAGUGAAGCUUGCAGACUAUCAGUGUGACUAAUGCACCAUAGAGAGGGAAAGUGUUGAGUAGUGUAGAUGGGAACACACCAAUCCCCUGGCUUGACAAGGACGUAAGCUGUCUGACUUCAUUUUAAGUUUCUAAGUAAAAAGUAUUCUUACUUGUUAUUUUAUUAGUAUAGUCAUGAUAAUUUAUCUAGUUUUUGUUUUUGCCUUUGUUUCUUAGUAAUCAGUUACAUACCUCAGAGACGUGUGCAAUAUCUCUAAAAGAAGCCUUAGGGAUGAUGUAAUAUCUAUGACUCUUAUUCGUUGUACAAUUCUUUAUUCCUUGUUUUGUACCAGCUUGAUAACAGGAAGUGAUUCCAGUUUUGGUAGAAC